AUGAACGAUAAAGCUUCCUCAAAACGGUCUAAAAGCCAGAACAAGGCGACCCAGAGCCGGUCUCGGAGACAAGCCAAGCCAUUAACAUCCAGCUCAGGACGCAAACAAUAUUUAAUUCUCUACAAUUUACUAUCGGCAUUGUUAUGGCUCAUAAUUCUUGGUCGAGUUCUACUACUUGUGCCAUUGCUAGGGUUUGAACUGGUACACCAAGGUGUUGGAAAAUUUACAUUGUUGACUCAAUCCAUGGCGCUCUUGGAAGUCGUACACUCUGCUUCUGGUAUUGUACGAGCUCCCAUUACGACAACAGCAAUGCAGGUGGCAAGCCGACUUCUCCUCGUCUGGGGGAUAGUUUUACCAUUUCCAUAUCUUGCUCAGAGUCCUGCCUAUUCAAGCAUGCUUAUUGCAUGGAGUGUGACAGAAGUCAUCAGAUAUUCCUACUUUGUUUUCAACCUCAGCGGCUACAACCCACGUAUCGUGACCUGGUUACGAUAUAAUACAUUUUACGUCUUGUACCCAAUUGGGAUAAGUAGUGAAUGUUGGUUAAUUCUCAAGGCAAUUUCACCUGCCGGUCAAAUACACCAUAUCUUAGCUCGGGCCCUUCAAAUAUGCAUUCUGAUCUACAUCCCGGGCUCUUACAUUCUCUUUACCCACAUGAUAGCUCAAAGAAAAAAGGUUAUGAAGGCACAAAAAUCUACCUAG